AUAAAGGAGGGAAUGUGAAUGGACUAUGGAGAUAUAACUAAAAGGAAUUGUAUGAUCUGCUAUUUCUUGGGUUGAAUUCAUUCACUCUUUUCUGCCCGUCUCCAUCAUUGCCCACACGUCCAUCUCGCUCUCUACACAUACUCCACUUUUAUAUACUAAUAAUUGGUAUUUUCUUCUCUCUAUUCUGCAAUUUACAAACACAAAAGUUGACCCUUUUUGCGGCAAAGAUUGAAACUUUAGCAAGCGAGUGUCUGAUCUGUAUUGGUCUGGCCUUCUUUUUUGUUAAAGAGGAUGACUGUGGAGGAAAUACGAGGGAAUAUGGGGACUGAGAACGGUAAUUAUGACAACUUCCCUGUUGGAAUGAAAGUUCUUGCUGUUGAUGAUGACCCACUUUGCUUGAAGUUACUGGAAACCCUGCUUAGGAAAUGCGAAUAUCAUGUAACCACAACAAGUGAAGCAAGAAUGGCACUGAAUAUGUUGAGAGAAAACAAAGACAGAUUUGACUUGGUAAUUAGUGAUGUUCAUAUGCCUGAUAUGGACGGUUUUAAGCUGCUAGAACUUGUUGGUCUCGAGAUGGAUCUCCCUGUCAUCAUGUUGUCCGGAAAUAGUGAUCCCAAACUAGUAAUGAAGGGAAUAACUCACGGUGCUUGUGACUAUUUGGUCAAACCUGUUCGGAUUGAGGAGCUGAGAAACAUAUGGCAGCAUGUCAUCAGGAGAAAGAAGUUCGACUCCAAGAACCAAAACAAGUCAACUGAUCAAGACACGGCUCGAUUCGGUGGUGGGGAUGGCUGUGGACAAAUCAUGAAGGUGAACAAGAAAAGGAAAGAUGAGGAAGAUGAUAGUGAUGAUAAUGAGAACGAGAAUGAGGACCCUACUGCACAGAAGAAGCCUAGAGUUGUUUGGUCUAUAGACCUCCACAGGAAGUUCGUUGCAGCUGUUAAUCAGUUGGGCAUUGAAAAAGCUGUACCCAAAAGGAUUCUUGACCUGAUGAAUGUUGAUGGGCUUACACGUGAGAAUGUAGCAAGCCAUCUCCAGAAGUACAGGCUCUACUUGAAAAGAAUAAGUUCGGUAGCAACUCAACAGGCCAACAUGGUGGCUGCCUUUGGGGGGAAAGAAUCUGCUUACAUGCGAUUGGGCUCACUUGACGGGCUCGGAGAUUUCCGGACACUGGCAGGAUCAGGAAGAUUUACCCAUCCUUCUUUAUCUUCAUACCCACCAAGUGGCAUGCUUGGUAGACUAAAUAGUGCUGCUGGUGUAAACAUCCGGAAUCUUAAUCUCCCUCAAAAUUUGAGCCAGUCUUUUGGUACUCUUGGAAAGUUGGGUCCAGCCACAGGUCCAGCUGUUACCCCGAAUGCAAGCUGGGUCCCACCAUUAGAACUUGUUGACCCCUUGCAACAAAGUGACCUCAACCCGUUAGGUGGUUCCACGCUUCUUGGAGCUGCAAAUACAACAUUUCCAGAUCCAAGUUCUGGUGUUGGGCUAAUUGCAGGAGGAGUUGGAAUCCCGCAAGCUCUAAAUGUGGUUUCGUUAAAUUCUGAUCCGUUUAACCUCACAGUUAGCGGGUCUUCCAAUUUUCCUGACCAUGGAAGGUCGAGUGAGAAUUGGCAGAACACAAUUCAGGUCAACAACUUCCAGCCGGUGACCGAAACGUUCAAUCAUACCCCCCAACUGACACAAAAUUGUGUGAGAGAGAGUAGUUCUUCUGUGGGCCCGCGUUUACAGGGCAGCUGUCCCAUGUAUUCUUGCACCGCGUCUACUUCUGUUGGCCCUGAGAGGUUGGUAGGUGAUGCUGCCAGUCAGAGUACUAUUAAUCAUGUGGCUACUCAACAGUGGGGAGAACAUAGUAAACUUAAUAAUCACAAGUCAAAUGCUGUUUAUGGAAACACAAUAAGUUCUCGGGGCCCAGUCAACAACAUCGUGCCACAGCCUUUGACCCGGAUUGGUGUUGACCAAUGUGAUGACCUUUGCAACAACAGAGUGAUUGAUGCUUGUGGUGAAUCAAGUAUGGGGCCUUCAUUUCUGUUGCAACACAACAAGAAUGGGAAUUUGACUCCUGACUCAAGGGCGGGAUACUAUGGAGAGUACCUUUUUGAGCCACCAAAGCCAAAUGAGGCUUUACCCUCUCCAGGCUUUGGAUCUAUAGAUGAUCUGAUGAUGAGUUCAGUGAUCAAGCAGGAACAAGAUGAAGGCUUACUAGAGGGGGAAUUCGGGUUCGAUCCUUUCCCAUUUGGGUCAUGUAUAUGAAUUUCUUUACGAAAUCAAAGUUAUGUGUUGAUAUGCAGCUUUAUUAGUUUUUCCUUUUUAAGAGUUAAGAUGUUCCUCUUUUUACUUUUCUUAUUUGGGUAGGACUUUCUUUGUUUGAUAAUGGAAACAAGAUAUUGAUGUAAUUCUCCUCUCUAUCAGAUUGGUAGUUCCACGUUCUUUCGCACCAGUUUUCUCCAAAGUUAUGUACGGCGUUCGGUGUUGUCCUUUCUUUGCACCCGUAAAAACGGGCAAUAAAUUAUUAAAUUUCUUCCGAUGUCGGAUAUUUCUGCUGAAGAAGAGCUGUUCUUGAAGUCACCUAAAUUUUAUUGACUUGAAGUGGUCUACAACACUAUUUUAUUUGACUUGGGGCACUUGAAUGUAGAGAUGACAAUUGUGAACGAUCAGAUAGAUAUCCGCAUCGAACCGCCCAAGUCAAAAUGGGGAAAUCCGCAUUGACCGAGUAAUGGAUAUGGGGCGGGAAAUACCUGAUUUAUUUUUAUGGGUAAUAGAUUGGUUACGGUUUUAUACAUGUCCGCCCUGCUUAUUUUUAGUUAUAUUUUUAUUACAUUCUUAUCUGUUGGGAUUGGAAAAUUCUUCUAUUCAAUAUCAAGAAUAGAAUUACAAUAGGAGGAGCAAACUCUCACACUCAACUAUUACAAAAAACCAAUCCUAACCAAUACACUUCUACUCUAAGUGU